UCCCCGCUCGCCCCUCCCCAGUGACCCACCGGUCUCUCCAUUUCACUAGCAAACUCCUGGGCGAUCAGCUGACGGAUGUCAACAUUGUGCUGCUGGUGGUAGGGCUGCUGUCGCUGGUGACUGGCUGUCUCUGGUCUUGCUUGGUGAUUCGGGGACACUCCAGGUAACACUACACACGCUUUGACAUCAGGGUGAAGUGUGAGGCAGCAGCCCGGCAAGACGUCCAGCUGACUGCAGCACGUCAAGCAUGUCUUCAACGGAACCCAAACAGUAUGGUUUGAUACUGCCAAGCAAGAAUAAGGGCAAGGCUGCUGAGCUGGGCACCAGGAAACUCAAUCCUCUGCUGGACUCUGAUGAUGAGCUGGACCAAGAUGAGGAGUCUCCCCUUAACUGGGUGGAGGCAUCCCUCAAGAAAUCAGCAGGAAAUUCUGGUCAGCAGAGCCUGCAGAAACGGUUGCUACGUGAAGCCCUUGAGGAAGACGAGUCUGUGUUCCAGUACGAUGAGGUGUAUGACAGCAUGCAGGAGGCCAAGACAGCUCAGCAGGCAAUGAAAGACCCUUCCGUGAAGAAGCCUAAAUACAUCCAAAACCUCAUCAAGCAUGCUGAGAAGCGCAAGCUGGAAGGAGAACGUCGCAAUGAGAGGAAAGUUCAAAAGGAACGAGAAGCAGAAGGGGAAGAAUUUGCAGACAAGGAAUCCUUUGUCACACCUUCCUAUCUCAAGAAGAUGGAGGAACUGAAGAAAGCUGAAGAAGAAGCUAAAUUACAGGAAAUGAAAGAAGAGCAAGUGGAUGUUUUGAAGCAUAAGAACUUUGGUGUGUUCUACAGUCACCUGUUCAAGCAGAGGAUGGGUGAAAUUUCAGUUAAGGAGGAACCUAAGGCUGAUGACAAUGAAGGAGACAACCCUAAAGACAGAAAUCUAAGAAAGAAAGAUGAGGGCAAGCGACAAAAGCAUUAUCGCACACAGCGUGACCUCAGUGAAUCUCCAGAGCGACAUGAGCAGGAAAAGACCCGUUCCUUGCGUCACAGCUCUCCUAGCAGCUCAGACUCUGACACGGCAAAGAAGGUAGAGACUUACCGUGACAGGAGGGAGCAGUACAAUGCCAUGGAGAGAAGCAGAGAGAUUGAUAGAGAAAAGAAACACCAUAGGCAUCAAACCUCUGAGAAGACUAGAGAAAGGAGAGGAAGAUCUAGGGAAAGGCAUUAUGGAAGGGAGAGAACUCCAGAGCAAGAGAGGAGACACAGGUGGAAACACAGAUCUCGUUCUUCUGAAAGAAAACAAAGACGCUCCAGAUCUCGUAGUUCUGCUUCCCAGCGAGGGCCAGGGAGUGGUAAAGGGGACAGGAGGAGCCCUAGGAGGAUUGCAUCCACAUCAAAGACUGACAGCCCAAGAAGACCAGUCAAGAAGGAAAGGCUGUCUUCAGAUAGGGAGGAGAGUAAGGAAUCAACCGAAAAUAAAAAUGACAAGAAAACCAAGGGUAACUCUACUGAUGGAAAAACCAAUGUUGAUGGCAUGAAGAUUAAGAAAGAGAGUGAGCAGGAAGAAAAAGAGAAGAGGCAGGACAGAAUACGAAAACUCUUUACCAAGAGAACAGUCGGAGAAAAGUUUGACCAAGCAUUGGAACGAUAUUACCAGAGGAAAGCUGAGCGAGAAGCCCAAGGCUAAGAAAAUGCAUCCUGACUUAAGAGGACCAAGCCUAGAUAGGCAAAUGUGCACCCACACACACACACAUACUGCUUAGAAAUUUUAAAUAGGUAAAUUUUUGUAAUGCCCAUUUUAUAUAUAUAUAUAUA